CAAAAAUGUCGUGUUCAGUGAAGUGUGCUAGCUGUAAUGUGGUUAUAGACGAGCUGUUGGCCUAUCUGAGGGCCAAGCUGUCUAGCGCUGAUGAAGAGACCUUGGUCAGAAUUUGUACAGGAACAUUUUCGAGUGAAGAUAUUCAAACUUCGCAUUCUUUGCUGUUUGAAUCUGUACCGUCAAAUCUUCGGAAAAUUGCGCGGAAGGGAAAAGGAAAAGAAGACCGAUUGAUUUACGAUAUGCUACAUUUCUUGAAGGUAACCGAACCAGAUAUGUUGCCUGUUUUUGUAGCCCGUGAUUUGGAGAAGCUACCACCCAUAACUCUCGAUCACUUGGACGUCUGUAAACUUAUGAAAGAUAUGGCUGUGUUACAAGCUGAAAUUAAGCAAAUGCAGACUUCCUACGUAACCGUCGAGCAGCUUGAAUCUAUGAGAAAAGAAUUUAGUUCUAAAACUAUUUCGCCACCAUUCUCAACCGCAAAAAUAAACAUGAAGAGAGGAGCUUAUCGUGAUAGCGGACCGAUUGGUUUGUCCCUUUUCGAGGAUUCUAUUGUUAAUGAUGACGAUGACAAUCCCAGCUGUUCCAACGAUUACAGUUUGCAUUAUCGAAGCAUCAACACAAAACAGUUGGAGGGUAGUAGCUGUGCGCCGCGCGAUACAAAAGAAUCGGCCGUGAAACCGUUAUCUAUUCGGAAUGAGGAGUUGAACGAUGAUGACUCACACGCUCAGCACAGUAGUAUCGAACUGCCUAGUGAACAGCUGACCGGCGACCGCGUUUUGUUGACUAAGAAUGAAACUUACGCCCAGGUAGCCGCGAAUAAAAAUAAGGAGUGGACUGUUGAGAAAAAGAAGAAAAAGUCUAAAAAUCGUGUCGAAGGCAAAUCUGGCACCGUCGUAGUUGAGACUGGCGAAAUGUUUCGAGCGGCGGAACGAAAAGUUCCGGUUUUUAUAACCAAUGUACACAAAGAUACGUGUCCAUCGGAUAUCGUGAGAUAUGUCAGUAAGAUGACGCAGGAAACAAUAACACUGGAAAAGAUAUCCAUUAAGCGUCAAUGUGAUUACAACGCCUACAAAUUCUUUGUUCCUCGUAACAAACUAUCGUUGUUUCUUAAUGAAAAGAUAUGGCCAGAAGGAAUAAUCUUUCGUCGUUUUGUCAAUUUCAAAUUGAAACGCAAGAAUGUAACUUCUGAUAAAGAAGUCGGCCAAUUAAAACAUUAA